CGCGGAGCGGUUGGGAGCUCUUGGGUGUCGUUGGCGGAAGCGGCGGUCCAAGAUGGCGCUGGCCGAAGCUGGUGCUCGGUUCCCUGAGGGGGCGCCGGCCGCUGAGAGGCUAGACCCGCUUUCUCGCUUCACUUGCCCGGUCUGCUUGGAGGUGUACGAGAACCCCGUGCGGGCGCCUUGCGGCCAUGUCUUCUGUAUGCCGUGCAUUCAGGAAUGUCUUAAGCCGAAAAAGCCAGUUUGUGGAGUUUGCCGCAGUACCCUGUCUAACGGCAGCAGAGCUUUGGACUUGGAAAAGCAAAUUGAAAUGACAGAGACCACUUGCAAUGGCUGCAGUAAAAAAAUGUAUCUCUCAAAGCUGCGUAGUCAUGUCGCUUCUUGCUUGAAAUACCAGAACUACAUAAUGGAAGGUGUUAGAGCUGUGACUAAAGAUCCACCACAGGAUACAAGGAGUGUUCCGAAUAGGUUUACGUUUCCAUGCCCUUACUGCAGUGAGAGAAACCUGGACCAGGAAGGACUGGUAGAACACUGCCGAAAGUAUCACAGCCUGGACACAAUGCGAGUGGUCUGUCCAAUUUGUGCAUCAAUGCCAUGGGGUGACCCAAGCUAUAGAAGUGCUAACUUCAUGGAGCAUCUUCAGCGACGGCAUCGGUUUUCUUAUGAUACUUUUGUUGACUAUGAUGCUGAUGAAGAUGAUAUGAUUGCUCAAGUUAUGAUGCGUUCCUUGAGGGAUCAAUGAACAAAACAAGACAUAAACUCUUUAAUAUUUGGCUUCCAUUAGGGGAAAAUGUAUCCCAGACACUUCUUACCCCAACAUUCUCUGGCAUCCAUAAAGAGAAGAGUCCAACUUCAUUAUGUUUUGCUUCGCUGCUUAUUUCUCUCUAGUGACCUUGCUCAUACACUGCAGGGAGCAUUUUGUUCAUUCUUUCUUACUUGAGGAUACUUUCAGUUUGUGUCGCUUUCUUCCAUUUCAGCCUCUUCCCGAGUUCUCCAAACUAAACCUCCUGAAGCAUUGCAAUAAUUUUAGCCUGCAAGCAGCCUUUUAAAAACUGUAUAGUUCUCUUUUGAAUAUGGAUCAAGUGUUAGAAGCUAGAUAUUUUGCCGGGCAUUUGACAGUUCUGGUUAUUGGCCUCAGGUGUCAAACAGGUUUGCGUUCUUUGUCUAGGAGAAUGGUGAGCUUGACUGCCUGCUGAGAGAUACAGACACUGUAAUCAGCCCGUAAGUCUCUAAGCACAGUGUCGUAUUUCCAUAGCAGGCUCAUAUUUUGAUUUAAUAACUUGACGGGACCUUCCAUGGGCUUGGAGGGAAUCAGUUUAGGGCAGUCCUGUUUGUCACUACUUGUCCACCACUAAUGCCAAGUGUGACUUGGGUGGGGUUUUUUUGCAAGACAGAUGAAUUCAAACAGGUUAAUGUCAUGUUUGGUUUCCUAAGCUCAAAAAUGCCCUUGUAUAUUUCUACCUCUAUCUAGAAUUGAACACAAUUUGACAAUGGCAAGUAAGUUAACUUCUGAUAUCCUUAGACAUAGCAAAUUCUGGACUUCUGAGUUCCAAGAAAAGCAUCAUUCAAUUUAUGCUUCUGUAUGUAAUAGAAAGAUGUCAUAUGUGAAAAGUUCCCUGCGAAGAAUUCAGUGUCCAUGUGUUGAAAUUGGUGUCUGUGCCCACAUUUUGAUUUGUUUUUUUCUGCUGUAGUUGAGAAGGCUAGCAGUCCAGUGAAUCAGGGGUCUGAUUAUCAGUCAGUUUUGAUACCUAAAGACAACUACUGGCUUAAAUACUGGGGGGGGGCAUGUCUGAAUGCACUGCCGUAUAGUAGUCUGAACUACUGCUUUGUCCUGAAUAACCGGAAUUUUUAAUGGAUGUGUAAAUCUUGACUUAUGGUGGAACAUUCAGAAGUUAUGUUCACUGUGCAAAAAUAGAUGACCUGGUAUCAGACAGUAUGAGAACUGGGCUAAAGAUUGCUUAAGCAGUUGUGUUGGAGGCAUCUGAAGCAGUUCAUUGUGUGUAUUAACUGCCUUCUGAUUACUGUUGUGACAAACUGCCCCCAGAGUGUGUGCUUGCAGAGCUGGCACAAAUCGGAACGCACAAUUCAGCCUGACAGUCCUGUUUUGAAAUUGAGACUGAAGACUAUGCAAGCUGUUGGACAAUGUAGCAUUUUGUGGACUUUCAGCUGUCUCAUCUUUGGUUCAUAUGGCUUGAGUAUCUUGACCACUGGAAUGACCUGCACUAGCAAUCAACAUGCUACUUUUCAGGAAGUGCUCCAUUUGUAGAUUGACUGAACUGAUUUUAAAACUGUAUCCAAAAUCCUGUGUUUUUUAACCAUCUUUUCUUGCACUGAACCAUUCCAGUAGUGGUAAUUUUUGGUGAGAUUGGUCAACAUACAAAGUGUGCCCAUUGUUGGUCAACAUACAAAGUGUGCCUAUUGUGUCAUGGGACAUUUCAGUUCCCCCCCCCUCCUUCCUGCCAUAGUCUUCCUGUGCCCCCCAGAAGUGUCUCAUGGAUGUCAGGAGGGGGGAAUCAGUGGCAUUCAGUAUCAUUGGGGAAGGUAGAAACGGCAGCUGGGGAUGGUAAUCUGUACGUAUGCAGAAGAAUUUCCGCAUGUGCGUUGCGUGGAUCCCGGCAACUCUUCUUGCUGUUUCAGCAAAUGACAAUGUCCUGCAGAACUUAUAGAAACUGGGUCUCCUAAUACACAAGCAUAUCUGACUACUUUGUUCUCAUAUUCUAAGUGCACUUCUAGCAAUUUUAAUAAUUUUAGAACUUCGAAAGUAUCUUGU